AUGUCGUCUGCUACUGUGUAUUUGGACGCAGAGCACGAAGAGUUGAAUGAAACCGUCAUCUGCACAAACGACCACAUGGAGGUCGUCAUCCCCAGCGCCUUCUUCCUCACUAAAGUCCCUCCCGUCUACGUUUGGGAUCUGCAUCUGAAUGACCCAGAAUGCCGCGGGGUGGAGGUCGGGGAGGAUUAUGUCUUCAGCAUCAGGACAAACCUGUCAGACUGUGGGACAGUCAUGACCUCAGACGACAGCCACAUCAUGUUCAUCAACACGAUCCACAACAAUCACUCUGAGGUCAUCACCAGGAACUACAUCAACAUCACGUUUGUGUGUCGUUACCCGGUCAACUACAUGGUCCAGCAGCCCAACGGAGAGAACAUGAUACGAGUGGAUGUCAGGACCAUCACUCUGAACACGGAGGAUGGAAACUUCUCAGUGUCGAUGCUUCUGUUUAAAGACGAGAUGUUCCAGGACCAGUGGACCACAGUGCCCUCGCUCACCCUGGAGGACAACAUCUACGUCAAAGUCUUUAUGAUUCCUGCUCACCUGAUGCUGAGGCUGGACAGGUGCUGGGCCACUCCCACCAGUGACCCCUACAGCAACGUCCAGUACAGCUUCAUCAGGGACAGCUGCCCGGUGCUGUCCUCAGACCAGACCCUGACGGUGCUGAAGAACGGUCUGGGCCCAGAGGCUCUGUUCAGGAUCCAGAUGUUUAAGUUUGUGGGGAGGUCCUACACAAACGUCUUUCUCCACUGUAAUGUUCAGAUCUGCCACAGCGGAGCAGCUCUGUGUCAACCUAACUGCUCGAGUGAGGACGGGCUGAUGAGGCUGAGGAGAGACAUCCCUCUGUCUCACACUGUCUCCUACGGACCAAUCAGACGCCUCCUGGACGAAGGCGGGAAGCCCAAUACAAACUCCAGCGCAGUGCCCCCGGUGGAGACGUUUGUCCUUGCGGGGUUGCUGGUUGUGUUGCUGUUGAUCACUGGAGUGUUUGGGCGUUUGUGGCUUCGCUCCAGACGGUUUUACCCGACCUACGACGCUCAGCUCACCCUCUCCAACAUCCACCGCCUCUCCGAAGAAGUGGCCUCGUGA